GCUGCCCAGUGCGCCCGGCGCCGCGCCCGCCCCGCCGCCGCCGCCACCUGCCGCCCGCCCGCGUCUGCGCCCCGACAUGGCUGGCAAAGCACACAGGCUAAGUGCUGAGGAGAGGGAGCAGCUGCUGCCAAACCUGAGAGCUGUGGGGUGGAACGAGUUGGAAGGUCGAGAUGCUAUCUUCAAGCAGUUCCAUUUCAAAGACUUCAAUAGGGCGUUCGGCUUCAUGACCAGAGUGGCCCUGCAGGCCGAGAAACUGGACCACCACCCCGAAUGGUUUAACGUGUACAACAAGGUCCACAUCACCCUGAGUACCCAUGAGUGUGCAGGCCUUUCAGAGCGGGACAUAAACCUGGCCAGCUUCAUCGAACAAGUAGCAGUGUCCAUGACAUAGACCCUGCCCUUCCUCUUGGAAUUCUUCAGGGGACAGGGGUUACUGAACUGGGAAUCUAGAGAGGGAACUGGGGAGCCUCGAGAUGGUGAUGCAGUCAGAGUUGCCAAGGCAACCCUGCUGCCUCCAUUUAGGGGUGAGCUCUUGCUGGGAAAAUGGGAGAUGCCAGCACAUGGGCCAACACCAGGAACUCUUCCCCACACCACUCUCUUCAUCCUCGGGGCUCUGUUACAUGUACACUAAGUGAAGUAAGAUCUUCCCUUUCUUUGUGACUUUCCAGCAACAGUACUGUUUUUUCAGUAAUUUUCUUUCCAGGCUGUGUCUUGAUCCCUUUUUAGUUCAUUUCCCAAGAAGCUGUGACAGCUGUGUCUACGAUAGAAACCAAGAUCCUAAAGUCAAGCCUAUCCUGUGUGACAGAAACAUAUGUGCUUUUAUGCCUCAAAUAAAACUAUGGUUUUACUUGG